CAAAUAACUCGUUUUGCCUAGAUUGCGGUGACACGUCACGUUGUUUCCCAGGAGCUGAUAUCCACACAGUCGCCAACAUUUGACUUAAAAGGAAUUUAAACACGGGCGAAUAUGGGUGGGUUCUUCUCCAGUCUCUUCUCUGGCCUCUUUGGAUCCAGGGAGAUGAGGAUCCUGAUUCUCGGUCUGGAUGGUGCUGGGAAGACCACCAUCCUGUAUAGGCUUCAAGUCGGGGAAGUUGUAACUACCAUUCCCACUAUUGGUUUCAAUGUGGAGACUGUGACGUACAAGAAUCUAAAAUUUCAGGUGUGGGACCUCGGUGGGCAGACCAGUAUUAGGCCAUACUGGCGUUGCUAUUACUCCAACACAGAUGCCGUGAUCUAUGUGGUUGACAGCAGUGACAGGGACAGGAUGGGAAUUUCCAAAUCAGAGUUGGUGGCAAUGCUGGAGGAGGAGGAACUGAAGAAGGCAAUCCUGGUGGUGUUUGCCAACAAGCAGGACAUGGAGCAGGCCAUGACACCCACAGAGGUGGCCAAUUCCCUAGGCCUGCCAGCGCUAAAGGACAGGAAGUGGCAGAUCUUCAAGACAUCAGCAACCAAAGGCACAGGGCUGGACGAGGCCAUGGAAUGGCUGGUGGAGUCCCUGAAGAGCAGACAAUGAUUUGAUUUCCAUCCCUUCCAAUCCAGUCCUGUCCUAUGUAAAUAGUCCUGACCUAGCCCCAGUACACCCAGACGGACCCUUCCUGGGAGAAGGCUGCAGUGCAGGGAAGGGAUUUUUGGGGAACACGGUGCCGGCCGUUUCCAGACUAAAUGGCUGUCCUAGCACUCCGUGCUAUAGUCUUGUAUUUGUACCAAACAGUCCUCCUCCUCCCCCCCCCC